UGACAUUCUACUAAAACAUGGUGACUGUUGAAACGCCAUGUUUUUCGUGAUGUACGAACAUUAGACUAUUUUUUGAGACUAUUUAUUUGUAUUUACGAAAUGGCUAAUGAUGAUUCGUGUUUAUUAAAAGAAGACGGCUAUCUUAAUGUAGAUGCUGAAUGUAAAAGUAUAAUAUAUCAUCCUAAUUUAAAUGUAUUGCUCAUUACAACUAGUAGUGCGCAAGUAUAUGUGUUUGAUGUCAAUUUCGGGGUAAUUCUACAACGAAGUAUCUUAUCAGAUAAACCAGAUGGAAAAUUACAAGGAGUUUAUCUUGCCGAUGGCAUAGACAAAAUAUUGUACACAAAUGGGAAAGGAAUCGGUGUUAGAAGUGAUUACAAUGGUGUAUUAUUAUUAGACACCAUUUUACAAACACCAGUAUCCAGAAGCGAAGAUACAAUAAAAUUAGAACUUUUGCUUUCCGAAGCUUGUUUGCUGCAUCAGUGUCUGAGAUUGGUCGAUCUUCCGGGAGUUGAUCACGUGCAAAGUGUCUUACAGGAAUUGUGGAAUAAAAUUCUUGUUGCACAAGAAACUCAGAAAAAAGGCAUCAAAGCUCAAAAAUGGAAUGUCGUUUGUCUCGAACUGCCCCAUGGUGUUCUGAAGCUGGUAUGCUCUGGAUUAGUAACGGAAUUGAAAAAACAAAAUAAACAUAUACCAGCAUUACCAAUUGCUUCCGCAAUUAAUGAACGUCUUAACGGCCUACUUCCUGGCUCAAUUUCGGAAAAUGGACCAGCUGAUAAAGUUCCGAUGUUCAGUGAAGCCGCCCGACGAGAAACAUUUUUAAAAUGGCCUCACAUGAAUUACAAAUUUAGUAACCGAGAAAUGUUUCUCAGGUGGGCUUUGCCUGGUCAGAUGGCACAAGCGGGAUUUUAUUACGAACCGAACGCAACAGCUCAAGACAGGGCGAUGUGCUUUACAUGCAACGUUUGCUUGGUAUGCUGGGAACCAACUGACGAGCCUUGGUCUGAGCACGAGCGUCACUCGCCCACAUGUCCAUUUGUCAAAGGAGAGUACACACAAAAUGUUCCUUUAUCAGUAACUCUUGCGACGGCUCCAGCAUGCGAAUCACAUGUAGAGAUCAUCAGUACAACCAACGUCACUGGACUUAUCGCAACUGCAACUCACAGUGGUUUUGUUAAUAUUUGGAAUAUCAGCAGUCAGUUAAAGGGCGAAGUUUCUUUUUACGUGACAUCGUGUAAUCAAGAAACCAACAAUGAAAGUUCUCUGGAGUUUUACGCUACGAAAAAUUUAUCAAAUACUUACAUGCCAAAUCUCAGCUCUGAAACCGAUUCUUUACGUGAUUUUACAAGUAUUAAUUUUUAUAAGGUUCACUUAACGGCUUUAUCAAUUAUAGGCGGUCCAAAAUUAUACGUAGAUGAAGCUAAAGUUUGUAGAGAAGAGUCAGGUAAUCUCAGUACAGCUGAAGAUACGGAUUUGAGCAUAAAACCAUGUUUAGUAUGCGGAGUUUCUGUAAUUAAUUCCACCAGCAGUUCAUCACAGUUACGGACAAUGGAAAAUGUAUGGGCAGCAACAGAUAUGGCGACAUCUUCAUCGUUAGUUCGUGCCAUGAAUAGUGUAAAUAGUGCGGCCAGCGAUAGUUUAGACAUUAUGAAAAUUGCAACCGAUAAACACGAAUCUGCUAAAUCACAUUAUUUAGUUGUUUAUGAUUUUCAUCACAAAGCUGCAACACCAGUAGUGAGCAAGGAUGUGGUGGAGAAAGAUUUUAAAAAUAAAAAAAUACCUUCUGGUACCGGAACCAGCUCUAGUUCAACAAGCGGCCGCCAGGAUAGUCUUUAUCAGGAACUGUGUAUGAGCAAAUUGCUUUAUGAAGUUCCUGUAAUUGAAGAAGUAGUAGAUUCCGACAUGCUAGUGGGCGCACAUUUUGAUGGAAUAUUUUCAAGUAAAGACGGUAGUUUGAGUGCAUCAUCAUCCAACACUUUGUACCCAGCCUCACUUGGAUUGUAUGUACAGCCUCCAGCGACAAGUUCUCCGCCUUAUGAUGCUAAUUUCAACCCGAUAAAUGAACCUGAUCAAUUCGCUUCAACAUCAGAUGCCUCGGAAAUUCAUAAAAAAGUAUCGGAUACAAAAAAAAACGUACAAACUGACCCCGUCGUUUUACAGAAGCUGUUCAUUAAUGCAGAUCCUUCUCUACGAAUUACUUUCGUAGGACCUACUAAAGACCAAAAGCAUCUGUGUGUCGCGCUCACCUGCCCCACAGUAGAUGCUGCAACAGCAGACUUACCUGCUAACACAAAUAAAAUGGAUGUCGACGAAGAAAGUGAAAUUUUUUCCUCAAAAAGUUACAUGUAUUGGGACCAAAAUGAUCAGUCAUCAGAAAAUAAGUCGGUUAAUAGUGAAAAUCAUAGCAUUGAAGAUACAGCAAAAGCUCUGCUGUUGGUUUAUGCUUUAGAUUUUUCCGAGCAAAUUCCGAAAAUUUUAGCUGAACCUGUUGUUAAAAGAGAGCUACCGGCAAACCAAACACCAAUAGCACACGUGUUUUUGCCGUUACAAGAGAAGCACAAAUUGUAUUCAAGUAAAAGCAAUCAAGAUAUUACUGCACCCCGGGGUCAAGUCGCUUUGGUCUGCCGCGAUGGCGUGGUAAGAUUAUUAGACUUAGCCACCUUGAAAAUAGUAUCGGAAUCCCGAUCAGAAGGAGAUAAAUUUAUAUCUGCUACGUACUGCAGUCGAUUGGAUCGAUUGUGUGUUUGCACGAGCAAUGGAACUCUGCGAUUUUUCAUUACAUCAGACGAAGAUGAUUCUUCAGAGGAGAAGGAUGAAGUUGAGGACGUAAGCAUGAUGGUAACAGAACCUGGAGUACUCAGUCAUGAGCAAGCGGCUCCAAGCACUUCCUCGAGUUCUUAUCAAGAAUCGAUAAUCGCGCACAGACCUAAUUUGACUCGCUCGGAUUUGCAAAGUUUAUACGACUUGACUCGCUUCGACAGAAAUUCUCCAGCAUACAGUGCGACAGUGCCCUCUUGUUGGAGUGAAAUGAUGCAGGCUCAGAGACAAAGACGUUACCCACAGCAUUUACAUCAAUCUGAAAACCAGCAUCACACACGCACAUGGCGACUUCAGAAUGAUUCAACAACCUGGGAUGAACAUAUAUUCGAGAUCACGCUGCCGAGGAAAGUUGUUGGAAACAUUGGACAUGUAGAUGUUCGAUUCAAUCUCCACUCACCCUGCCUUGAGCCGCCUAAUAUUCAAGUGACACUUCUGAAGCAAAAUAUUACGGGUCUUGGGCAUCAGAAGCCCUCAUUAACUCCCGUUGAUGAAAAAAUCCAGUUCAAUUUGAAUAACGACCAGAAGGGAGAAAAUCCCAUCAUCAGCGAAGAAUUUCAGCGGCACUACAACACGGAAAUUCUCUGUGGCCCGAUAAACUUGAAGCGCUGUAUAGAUCUUUCGGAUCAUUCCGGGUGUGUAACUCUUACCAGUCCAAAACUAUUUCGUACAAAAGCAAGGACACUUCUUGUCCACAUUAAAGCGUUUAUUGAUCUAGCUAAAGAUAGCGGAGCAACUACCUCAAAAUCUAGAGUUAAUCUAUUUGAUAACAAACCUCCAACAUCGAAAAAACUGAGAAUAGAUGAUGCUGGGCCUUUUUUCCCGGGCACGACAGUUGAAAGGAUUGCCACCAGUGCUAAUAAAAAAUUGGAAUAUUACAUUGGAUGCGACUGGAUUCAUGAAAUAUCAAUCACUGUGAGAACUGUUCAACCCACAAGUAUCCCGAACGAGCGCAUUCAGCGAUGGGCGAUGUUAGACUCAUCUUUAUUCACUGAAAAUCUAUUGAAUAUCGCGUGUUUGCAAGGAGCUGAUGAGUCACUUAUCACGCAAUCCCUCUCAUUAGAUAUUCUAAUAUGGGUAACAUCUAUCAGGCUAUCAAGACUUCGCGUUGGUCGAAAUGUCACGGAAACAAAAGCCAUUCAAUUGGAUACGAUUCAGUGCAUUCAAUCACGUCUACCAAAUCUUUUGCGAACUUGUAUUUUUCAUGCCGGUAGAUCUAUAGCUCACAAGUGUGUUAAGUUGAUUGUUAUUUGCAGUGAGGGUUUACGAAAUCUAGACGAUGUUGCUUUACACUCAUUUGACGAAGCUGUAUUAUCUGUUCUUGUUACACUGUUACCAUCAAUAAUUAGCAUCCAGUGGGCAGGAUCUUUACGUUGGUUAACAAUUUUAAUAAAUCGAUUUUUACCGCUCGAUCAAAACCACAGCGUUGCAAAACAAUGUAUUACAAUUCUUCAACGAAUUGCUGGAGAAAUGUCUAAUCGAGUUGACCCAUAUCAUUUGUUACUUGCGACUAGAUUCGGUUUAUAUAAUAAUCCAUUUGAAACAAAAUUAUUUGACAUCGAAUCUCCGAUGCCUCCUAAAUUGAACUCCUUGCCAUUGACUUAUGCAUCAGUUGUAACUGGUGAGCAGACAACAUCUGCAACGGCAUGUAGCGAUUUAUAUUCACAGGACAAUAUUGAUUUACGAGAUUUAUUAACUCUACCAAUGCAUUCAAACAGUGAGCUCAUUGUACCGAACAAAUUAAAAGCUCUUUAUACAAAUCACAGCAUGACGGGUCUAUUAGAGGUUGAACCGCUACAUUUUACUUGUCACUCAGUUUCUGAUGGUACUAAAAUGGAAAAAAUGGAUCCUGUAGGAAAUACUGUUGAUUUUGCGAGUCUGUAUGACAGCAACGUAACGAAUAAUGGUGUCCCUGACUUCAAAACUGUUCAGUCAACUUAUAGCUUGGAUGGCGAAUCGCUAGGGUCAAACUUAAAAACUGCGUGCAAACAGAACUUAAAAGAUCUGCUCAGUCAUUGUAAAGCUGAAACCAAUAAAAUUUCAACGACACAAUUGUCGAUUAUAUCUGACGAUCAAUCGGAUAGUGAUGAAGUGCACAAUAUGACGAGAGAUGACCAAAAGUGCCACGUCAAUCAAACUGAUUCAUCUAAUUUACACAUUUUAACUUCCUCCAUUAUAAAAGAAACGUCUUCCGCGUUGAAUAACAUUUCUACUACACACAAAGUCGACGAUAAUCAUAUAAAAAAGCGCGAAGAAAUCAAUUUCCCAUGGGCACGAUUACUUUGUUUGCCGUCGCAGCAGGCUUUAGUCGUCGAAAGAAUGCAUUCAGGAGCACGGCGAUUCAUCGUUUUAGAUUUUGGUUCUCCAGUUUUGCUCACUGACUUGAUGAUUCCCUCAUGCAGUGAUUUGGUUUCACUGUCCAUAGACAUCUGGACUAAGAGUGAAGAAAAAGAUGGCAUUAGACUUGUAGUUGCUGGUGACAUUGGCUCAAAACCCCUUGUUGUCAAUGACCUUCAGCCUCCCCCAGUAUGUAGAUAUCUUAAAAUAACAACAAUAGGCCGAUACGGAAUGACAACGACAAGAUGUAAAAUACCUUUAGGAAUGUUUUACGGGCACAUUGUUGUUCUGCCAGGAGAAGACUACUCUGAAAUGUUUUACACCCAGCCAAACAACACCAGUCAAAAUGAUACGAACCUCUUAGCGACAAUUGAUUCUCAGUGCAGUAUUUUGUCAACUUUGGCUGAAGACAUUCAAUGUCGGUUCAGCUUAGCGAUUGAAAAACUAAAAGCACUAUUGGAUCCGUUACUGUGUACUGAAACACCCAAUGUCGUCCAUAUGCAGCACUAUCUCUCUCGAGGUAAAAAUUUGACAGAAAAUAAGGAACAACCCUCUGGAAAAAUUUUGACAACCUAUCAAGAAUGUAUUACAUUUCAACAUCAAUUGAAUAUCGUACGCGGGGUGUGGCGUCGUCUAGAAACGUGGAAAGGCGCUGAAAUUCCUCUGACCAAUCAAUUGUCCAGUGUUCCAAGUGAUAAAUUGAGAAUUCUUGGAGAAACACUUUCAGAUAUUCUUCUCUACACUUUAUAUGAAAUCGGACCGAUUCCAACAGUUCCGCCGACUUUAUGUGAGAUUUUUACUCCUGCGAUUUGUGAAAGAUUUUUUCACUCUAUCUGCGUAGUGACACCAGCUCCACGAUUACAACUUCACGCUGUUGCACUCUUAGUUCGUAUGGCUGGUCACCAGCCAUGGUGGGGAAAUUUUUUGUCAAAUACGUUGGUUAAUUUGUAUUCAACAUCUUCGACAUACAUUUUUCCACAAGACAGGGUAUUCAUAUUAUUAACAUUCCUCGGACGAAAAUCACUCACUGCGGGGACUAGUAAAUCGUCAGUAAUUGAUGCUAUGGUUCGAACAUUAGGAAAAUUCUUGAGGCCGUUGUCUGAUUAUCAACUUUCAAACACAACUCAGUUAGAUGUAGGCCUGAUUGGUUGGAUUCUUCUGUUUUUGUCUGUGUGUUUAGAUACAACUACACCUCACUGUACAUACUCUGAAGAAAAUGAUAAAAAUAAGGAACAAGGUAUAUCUUCCUCUCGUUGGGAGUUUUUGCAAGGCGAGUCAGCAAUGCAAAGAAAGUACGUGAAUGCCAGCCGUACAAGCGCUUCGCGAAACUAUCGUAAAAAAUUACAGAAACGACUGAUGCAUCAUAAACAACAACUGCAUGAUAUUGAUCAAGGCAAAAAAUAUAUUCACGUGUCAUCUUCCCAAGGACUAGUUUGGUCUAGCGGCCCGCCUAUUUCCACCUUGUCAAACAAACUAGAAGUUUUAAAAACUCAUGAAAAACAUUUAAAGAAAACACUAAAACAGCAUUCAGCGUUUCGGCAUUUUAAAGACAUGAUAAAACGAAAUGAUUUCCAUCACGUACCCAGAUCAAAUCGAAGUGCCAGUUCAUCAAAUUCAAAGUCAGAUACUCCUGAAGCAGAUGUAGACAACCUACUAAAUCUGUCAUACUCAUCUGUAUUACCAGUUGCACAAGGACUUAUUGCUUUAAUUUUACACAACACAGCAAGUGUAGAUAUGUUUUUAUUAUCAUGUAAAAUAAUCGCGAAGCUUGUAAUAUCAACCAGGCCUACCAUUAGUUUAAGUGAACUUAUGACAGAAGACCAACUAUUGAAACUGAUAAAAUUAGCUAUGAGCAAAUCAGAUGCAGCCUGGAUGUCCCAUGCAGUUUCUUGUCUUUUACAAGAUUUACUCGAAGGCGGAAGACUGUUCAAGUCAUGUUCGAGCCAAGAAAAUGCACAGACCGAAGAAAAUUUUGAUGCUGUUGAGAGCGAAGAAGAACAAGGAGGAGAUGAUGAUUUAGCAGGAACUGCUAGAACAAGUGGAUCUGGAACAACUUUAGGCAACGAUGAAGGAUUUGCUGAAGGUGAAGUGGAUGAGGAUACACAAGACAGUCUUCCUGCUGUACCACCAACUCCAUCAACAUCAAAGUCCAAUGGAUUUGACUUGCCAUCAUUAUUAGAAUCUGAUGACAGCGAGCUUGAAGAUUUCCUUGAUGACAUUCUAGAGAGAGGAAGAAAUAUGUUGAAGAAAGGAAAUUCUGCUCCUAAGAUUCCACCAUCAGCAAGUUCAGGAAUAUCUUCAGCUCUGGAUGCUCGGUUAGAGUAUGGAGUGGAAAUGGGAGUAGAAAUAGCCUUGAGAAGAUAUUCAACUUUAGGAGCGUAUAAUUUACCAUUAAGCAUCAAUGCGCCAAUUCAAGUCCCAUCAGAAACCAAUCGUUCAAAACAAUUUUCGAUAAGAAAUUCUGGAUCUACUGAAAGGAAUCAGGACACAAGAACAUCUACAGAUUUAGCAUCAUCCAGCCUAUCGAUGCUGAUGCGAUGCUUCGAUAAAAUAUUUACAGACAUGUCUUUCCAAAAUUCUGGCAUUAACUUAGAGUUAAUACUGCAGUUAUGGUUAACAUUAAAUUUGGAUGCAUCAAAAACUUCGUCCACAAAUUCGUCAAACCAAUUUGACCCAUCAUUGGUACCAAUUAUUCCCCUCAGCUCGGCAGCGAUUUCUGGUCUUAUAUCAACUCUUCUUUGGCAUCCUGGAAUUUCUCUAGGCGCUUGGUGCCUGGCCCUGCAAACUCUAACGCUAGCAAGUAAUGAACCGAUGCCAAGUAAUCAUAUUGACCCCAGUAUCAACACUCCUUUGGAUGGGUUGCUGGGUGGCAUGGCUUGUUGCAUCGUAAAAAACCGCAACAUGGGACCUGUACUUCUGCGACUUCUUUCCGGCAAUGGUUUAAAUAUCGAACCACGUGACAAGCAGUACAUGAUCGCUGGUCCCAAAGUCGGAGAAGCAUUGCAAGACUUUUUGCUGCGACUUGAAAUGCGUUGCGAUGUAAUUACACCAGGAAGUGUACUAGGAAAUACUCUGAAAGAGCUUUUGCUGUGGGUAGUGUAUGAACUUAUUCAGCCAGGGGGUGCUCUUGUUGCUCGCCGAGGUCCUCUUGACGCUCAGUGUAUUCUCAUUACAUCUCUCAUCAACCUGAAUUUUAUAAACACGGAUCUGGGAACUGCCAUGAGUAUAACAGAGUGUGUUGGAGUUUUAGUAUCUACAUACGUCCGAACUUCGAGAAUCGGUGCGCAGUGCAGUGGAGCUGUAGACUCGACCAAUCAAUCUGGUGGUUUCGGUGGAUUGUUUUCUGGGAUUCUUGGCGGGACCACCAAGCAAGGGCGGCCUGCAUCCUGGGAUGCGCUUCUCGUUGCUCUUGUAAAACUAGUUUGUAAACUCGUUCAAACACCACUGCCUAAUGCUCGUGCGUCCCGGGUUGACAAUCCAACGAACAUGGAAGUUGGUGACUUGGCCCAAAAGUCAAGUUCUAGAGACAUAGAUCAGUGUGAAAAAUCAAAUAUUUCACAAACAGACGAAAGUAAAGUCGCAGAACAGCAGACAUCGAUGAAAUCGAAUCAAGGUGUGACUUCAAAACGUCGCCAUCCUUGUGUCGCAGAUACAGUUUUACAACACGAACCAACGAUGAUAAGAUUACUUGGAGCACUAGGAUACAGCACGAGCUCAUCUCUCGCAAUGUUAUUUGGCGAAGAUCAUACAUCUAGUACAGUUUCUGAACUGGGUGAUCCGAAUUCAAUUCCAGAUGCUACCUUCCAGCUUCUGAUAACUCUUACAAAAAAAGCAACUGAUCCGCGAUUAGUUUUGAACCCCUUGUAUCGCUACUUAUCAUCUUCUCAUGAACAAAUAAACGGGGAUGACAAUUUCGGUGUGAUGCAACUUUCAGAGCCACUUCUUUGGUAUAUUUUAAAAGUUCUAGAUAACGAAGCAUCUCUGGCGAUAUUUACAGAAAUAGGCGGCGUAAAAAUACUCUGUGAAAAUAUGGUGAAGUCUAACAGCACGAAUUACAGAAAUGAAAACACUAGUAUGUUAACACCAGGAGUAAUUGCUCUUGUAAUGCAGCAUCUUUCAAACGUACCAAACCUGGCAGUAGCUACAGGCACGACAAGUAAAAAAUCAACGAGUUCUUUGGAGUCUUAUGAAGACGGAUUAUUAAAUUUCGCGCCUCUCGGCACAAUUUCUUGGAUAAAACCAAUGGUGGAACCAGCAGAUGUAUUGAUUCAAAGCGCUGCGCCUCACAGACGAGCACGAACUGCCGCUUGGUCUUAUCAUUUCUUCCCAGGUGAAGCUUGGAUUGAUCUCACAAUCACACUUCCCUGUGCUAUUCUUUUGAAAGAAGUUGAACUCCAACCCCAUCUCACAGCAUUAGUCACCUGUCCUUCAGCAGUAGCACUCGAGAUUUCUCGAGACGGUAAUUCUGAUUUUACGCCGAUUUGUCCUCCAAUGCUUACCGCUGGAUUGACAUUCAUCCGACUCACUCUAGCCCAACCAGAAGUAACAUCAGCAGUUUUAGUGCGUCUUUAUAAACCUCGAGAUUCCACAAAUAUCAGUCUCAGUCAAAUUAGGAUACUAGGAACGACAGCAUUUGGAGACAUUAAAUCACGGAAUGAAACUAUUGAUGAAGAAAAACUGACUAAGAUGAGUUUAGGGUGGCUGAGGCUGAUUCAUCAAUGCUUGUCAGUCAGCGCAUUAUCUCCAGCAUUGUCUCAGAAUGUCCUCGACUCUGCAGCAUCAGUUCCAGGUCUUAUUGGAGCCUGCUGUACUCUUUUAUUACUUCCAGCGCCAUCACUCUUCACCCCAAACUUGGAGAGAGUUCUAAUACAGCUUGGAUUGCACUCUCGUGACCUUGGACUACAGCUAAUUAGUUUACUUUUGAAUAAUCGCUGUGCUCUGCUAUUCCAAAGAUCUUCAUCAACCCAGAAGACAUCAGUAGUACAGUUGAUUAUAGAAUUACUCCAGCAGCUGUGCAGCGCCCAAGAUGCUGAUACCGAAGCCCGAAUCACUGCCGUACUCACGUGGCUCCACACGUCUUCAAUAAGCAGCAUCUCACAAACUCCACGGGACAAUCCGAAUAUUGUCAGCCCACCUGCUAUUUACAUUCAUUGCAUUUCAACAAUUAUUUGGAAAGCCCAACAAAUUGAAAACCGCACAUACGACUUGGAAAGUAUGCUAACUGAUGAUCUUUUCAAUUCUCUUUAUCAGUGGACUCUUUCUUUACAAUCAAAUUCAGCAUUGAAACAAGCAAUCGAUGCAACUCUUUGUGCUUUUUGUUACGUAAGACCAUCUUUAUUCCCAAUGCUUCUGCAAAAAAUACGGAUUCUCGUCCCGAAUUUGGCGACCGAUCAAUUUGCAUCGGUGUCAGAUGAUCGUAAAGAAAGUGAUGGGCAAACUGAUGAUAAAAAAAGUGAAGCUAAUGUAGAAGAAUGGUACUGCCGGUUGCAUUUAUCAGAAUGUAAACAUUUAGAAUUGACAGAAGGGCAGCUGCUGACAGUCGCAACUGCGGCACGAUCAAUGCCUGGGAUUCAGCAACUUAUCGAUUCAGGUCUUCCAUCACUCUUAGUUACGACAAUUAUAGACUUUUGUAAGAUUCAUAUGAAGGUUAUAAAAGAGUUGAACAGUAUGAUUCAUAUUGAUAAGUGUCAAAAUAUAAAUACUGUACAUAGCGGGUUGACUGAUAAUGACAAAGCUAGCGAAGGAGUUUAUCAGAGCAAUAAUACAAGUGGCCUGAACAUGUAUAAUCCGGAUAGCAUUGCAACAGUAGUUGAAUUUUUAACUCUUGUCUGCUCAGAAGGAAAAAUGCGAGAUUGGUUGGGUGAAGAGGGCCGUAGCUUUUGGUUACCUCUUGUUACAUUAUUAAGCAGCAAGCCUGUGGAGAGUCCAUCUACUUCUUUUGCUAAAAUAAAUGUAUCAUACACUAGAUUAGAAAAUGCCGUUAUUAAAUUUCUUUCAAAAUGUUGCUGGUGUCACCCACGUAAUCAAAAGUUACUCGCUGAAUUAUUGACUGAUGUCAUUUUACAAGAGCGGAUUUCUCCAAUUGACGUGAGAUACCUACAUGGUAUUUCUGGAUUUACUAGACGAUUGAUCCUUCAGUUACUAUUAGAAGAAGAGAAGGUAUUGGUGUCUGUAGUAUCAGAUACUCCGAUGUCAAACUAUGCAUCAAAUCAAACUGUACCGUCGAUGUUUCCACAUCCAGCUCACCCUCUAGGGUAUUAUCACCAACUGCUUUACAUUUCAACCCAUUCAACAAUGGCAGAUAUUUUACAACAAGUUUCAGAUGUAACAUCAUCGUCAUCAAAAAAUACAAACGCCUGCGCUCAAGACAAUUCCAUCAAUUUGUCGACUCAACAAUACCUAUCACACUCUUCUCGACCUAAUGUUGCUUUGCCACCAUUACUGAGUAUCGCCCAACUUCUCGCGAUAGCAGAAGACAGUGGGAUGUCUCUAUCAAACCCGUGUUUACACCUCGUGCUCCACCAGCGCAGCAAAGACAGCAAAGAUGAUUCUGUUAAAGUAGAAGACAAUGAGUUGUUAAAUUAUCGUUGCAUAGAAAGUGCUCUAGGUGUCUUCAGCGUUAGCGGAGGCCUAGCAGCACUAGCAAAGCAUCUUCCUCUUAUUUAUCCUGAUUCAAGCCGCCCUCCAGCAUUCAUCGAAAAAUCUUCGCCACCUGAACAACCAGAUGCUGAGUGGGUGAAAGUAGAAACCAACGAAGAAGUUUAUGAAGAUCUAGAGGAAGGUGGAAAUUUACAUUCGUCUCGGGCAACUUCUUCAGUUCCCCACGUACCACUACAUUCCUUGACGGCAUUUGGAUUAUUCCUCAGACUUCCUGGUUACGCUGAAGUAUUACUAAAAAACAGAAAACAGGCGCAAUGUUUGCUGCGAUUGGCUCUAGGUGUAGUAGACGACGGAGAAGGUGGCGAUGUAUUCAGCUCACAAAUAGCUGGCUCUUUACCAACGCUCCCUUUCCAAGUUUUGAAACAACUAUUGAAAGCAACACCACUGACAACCGAUGACGGGUUAUUACUUCGACGAACUAUGGUCGAUAUUGGCGCAAUUCUCUUACUGCUUAAUUGCUUAGCGAUCUUUACACAUCAAACCGGACACAAUGAAUUGUUGGAUCAAAAAAUUACCCAAAUUGGUAGUCGUAAUGAUGAUAAAUCUCAUCUAUACUGGGCCAAAGGUACUGGGUUUGGAACAGGAUCCACCCAACAAUCUUGGAACGUUGAACAAGCGCUGUUACGUCAGCGCUCUGAAGAAGAACACGUUACUAUUCUUCUUCGAGUAUUGGCCAGCUAUGUAGGAUCCGGAAGCCAGCCACAACGUGAACUUCCUGCCACAUUCGCCGAGCUUAUAGCCCGAUCGUGCCUUCUUCCAGCUCUAUCCUCGUAUUUGAGAAACGAUUCAGUCUUAGACAUGGCACGACAUAUUCCACUGUACCGUGCGGUUCUUCAAUUACUCCGGUCAAUGGCAUUGUCUACACAAUUAGCUUCACUUUUACUGCCUAGAGUUGGUAAAUCAAAUGAUCCAUCGAUUGUUUCACUUCUUUCCACAAUGAAAGUUUGUGUGGAUACAUACGUCCAUAAAAUAAACCGCUCGCGUAGCAACAAAUUUAAAAGCGGUCUUAAAUACCCAGAUGAUACUGAGCAAGACGAAGGAUUAGCGACAUUGAUACCUGACAUUCAGGAAAGUGCUACAGUAGUACAGAAUGCCACUUCAAGACUUGCUGUCAUUGGGGAAGAACUGGUCAGUCCCAGUACUGUUAUCACUGAAUUACCUCUUAAAUCCAUCGAGCAACGAUACCUUGAAGUUAUGAAAAAUCUUCAAUUCGACACCUAUGAAAUGAUAUCUGAGAAUCCCGACGGCGGUGGUUACCGAUUUGCAGUGUCUUAUCAUUUUGAAUCAAACAUGAGAGCGGCAGGAGACAGAAGCCAUCCUACAAGGGUCAAAAGAUUAGCCCAGGAAGCCGUGACACUAUCAACUGCGUUGCCACUGUCGUAUAGUAGCAGCGUGUUUGUAAGAUGUGACACUGACAGACUGGACAUCAUGAAAGUUUUGAUAACUGGCCCUGCAGAAACACCCUACGCAAACGGUUGCUUCGAAUUCGAUGUUUACUUUCCACCAGAUUAUCCCAACAGUCCGAUGUUGAUAAAUCUUGAGACAACUGGCCGACACACUGUGCGAUUCAAUCCUAAUUUGUAUAAUGAUGGUAAAGUUUGUCUUAGUGUAUUGAACACUUGGCACGGCAGACCGGAAGAAAAGUGGAACGCUCACACCAGUAGUUUUUUGCAGGUUUUGGUGUCCAUACAAUCAUUAAUUUUAGUACCGGAACCCUAUUUUAAUGAACCAGGAUACGAAAGGUCUCGAGGUACUGCUAGUGGUGCUCAAUCUAGUCAAGAAUAUAACGCCAAUAUUUGCUUGGCAACUGUAAAAUGGGCAAUGUUGGAUCAAAUUAAAAAUCCUUGCCCAUGUUUCAAAGAAGUAAUACAUACGCAUUUCUGGAUAAAGAGACAUGAAAUAGUAGCUCAAUUAGAAAGCUGGAUUAUGGACAUGGAAACGUAUGGAUCAGAUAAACGCUCAGCUCGUACGAUUUCUCUCAAUGCCUUGGCUCUAAGGCGACACUAUAGACUUUUAAGAGAUGUCCUUAACAAACUGCCAACACCUAAAGGUCUUGAAGAUCUCGUAGAACCGUUGCAAUCACCUAGCUCACCACUAGAAAUGUCAGGAACGCCAAACACCCCACCAACAAGUACAACGUCAACGGCGACAAUAGCUACUCCAAUAACAAAUGUAGGUAGCAACAAUCAUAUUCAUAAUGAAAUAGAUACAGAUGUUGAAAUGGAGAAGAUGGUAUCAAACGUCUGUGAAUAACUGAUUAAAGUUGAUAGCAAAGAUUGUUGGAUAUUUUUAAAAGUCUAUUCGUAGUGUUAUGAACAAUAUGACUGAAAUUAAUGUAAGAUUAGAAAAAAUAUCAUAUUCGACCUGAAUAUUUCAUCAACGGUUUAAAAAAUUUAUCGAUAAUCUGUCGAAUAUCUCAAAGUGCAGAAGUGAAGAAAGAGAUCGUAGUUUUAAGUUUUUUUUUCUUUUAAAAUUCUUUCCUUGGUUCUUUUUUUUUUUUAAUAUUUAUUAGUAUUAUUUUUUUUUUUUAUAAUUCGCUAGUUAAAAAAUACUAUAGUUUUCUAUUCGAGCUGUGACUGUAAAGUUGUUUUGUUAUGUUGAAAUAGAUAACAGUAAAAUUAUUACAGUGCUUUUCAACAUCUAAAUACUUGAUUAAGUGUGAAAGGUAAUUUAAAAGAGGAUAAAUAUAUAUAACUUUAUUUGGUUGCUUUUAUAACAACGUGUAUGUACACUAUUUAUUAAUCUAUACUACUUAGGUAAAUUUUAAGUGUAAAAGAUAUUUAUUAUACUUGUUCUUUAUUUUGGUAAUAUCCUGUUUAUAUGAAGUGACCGAAAAAAAUGUUUAAAUGAAUAAAUUUAAAUAAAAUAUUUGAUAAAGUCACACAUUAUAUUUUAAAUUACUUCAUUAUGUAAGACAUAAAAAUCAAGAGUACAUUGUAAAUAAUUUGCCAAUAAGUUUAACUAAAAUAAUUACUUACACGAAUGUGUUUCUAUUUUUAAGAGUAAAUAUGAUUAAAUAAAAGUUUCAAUUAAAUAAUAUUAAGAGAUAAAAAAAUUUAAAAAUACGCAUUAGAAUAAACGAUUAUAUACAACUUGCAAC